AUGUUUAGUUGCUACAAAUUACGAGAUGAGAAGUGUGAAGGAGUUGGUUCUUCUGAAGAAGACCAAGAUAACAGCGGAGGAGAGACAGAACUGCUUGAGAUAGAUCCACGUGCUGAAGAUCGGGAACUGAAAAACCACCUAUUAAGGAAGUACAGUGGUUACUUGAGCAGCCUCAAGCAAGAGCUCUCCAAGAAGAAGAAGAAAGGCAAACUGCCCAAAGAAGCCAGGCAAAAGCUACUCAAUUGGUGGGAGUUGCACUAUAAAUGGCCUUAUCCUUCGGUAUGCCUAUACUUGCAAACCUAUGAUCUUCUCAAACCUCCCUUGAAACGGCGUUCAGAAGUUUCUCGGAUGGAAGCUGAGAAGGUGGCGUUGGCCGAAUCAACUGGCUUGGACCAGAAACAGAUCAACAACUGGUUCAUCAACCAAAGGAAGCGACACUGGAAACCAUCAGAGGACAUGCAGUUCAUGGUGAUGGACGGCUACCAUUCUCAGAACUCAGCCUUCUUCAUGGACGGGCACUACAUGGGCGGGCACUACAUGGGCGAAGGUCCAUACCGAUUGGGACAGUGA